AAACACCGCCAUUUGUAAGCCUGAAGCAGUGGCUGGGCAAUCAGGGAAUAAUAAGCUCCUGGCCUGUCCAGGUUCAUCAACUACUAGCAUAACCGAGCAUAACCCCUUAAACAGCGAAUUGUCGGUUUACACCAUGUUUUAUAUAUUAAUAAACAAACCACAUUUAAAGUAUUAAUACCUGAGCGUCAGCCAGCGGCUUCCUCCGGCAGCUCAUGGCAGCAGCUGACGCUAGGACCCAGCAGAAGAGCCCUGCCUCUGGUUCCCGGCCAGCAGAAGUGAUCUGUGCUGUAGCGGUUGUAUCUGUCAGCAGCGGCUCCACACGCCUUCUCACGCUCACCAACUCACUCAUGGGCCUGUGUUAAACUCCAGCAGCUCUCACAGCAUCAUUCACCGGCGGGAUGGACACCAAAGGCACCAAAUCUAUGGAGGUGUUGGUGAAUGAGCUGGGCGUACUGCUGAAGAUGCUAGACCAGGAGAACCUCAGCUCCUCCACGCAGGAGAAGAAGACCUCCGUGUGGAAGCUCCUGCAGCAGAUACAGCCCCCAGUUUCCGGAACAGACUACAUCUACAUGAACUCAUCAGUGUACAGAAACGGCACCAGCUUUGUCGAAUCCCUCUUCGAGACCUUUGACUGCGACAUCGGAGACCUGAAGGAUGUCACGGAUGAUCUGAAAGAAGAGAAGAACACUCAAGCUGACACUUUAAAACAGCAGAACUGUGCAGACUCUCCAGCCCCGCGCUCAGCUGACUCCCCCCCCCCUCUGCCAACAACGCCGCCUCCUGAGGAGUACUAUGAGGAGGCAGUGCCCCUCAGUCCUGGCAAGCUGCCAGAGUACAUUAUCACACGAGUCAGGCCAAGCCCUCCUAACUCUAUAGAGGAUGGAUAUGAGGAUGCUGAAAACAAUUACCCCACCACCUGCAUAAACACGCACCGCAAAAACUCAUACAAUGACUCAGAUGCUCUGAGCAGUUCCUACGAGUCCUACGAGGAGGAUGAGGAGGAAAGGAGCCCUGGCGUCCGACUCACUCAUCAGUGGCCCUCGGAUGAGAGCUCCAUGCCUCCUGCCAGGGACUGUCGCAUCUGCGCCUUCCUGCUGCGUAAGAAACGCUUCGGACAGUGGGCGAAACAGCUCACGGUGAUCCGGGAGAACAGACUGCAGUGCUACAAGAGUUCUAAGGACACAUGCCCCUAUGUGGACCUGCUGCUGCCCCAGUGCACUGUGGUAUAUGCCCCCAAAGACAGCAAGAGGAAACACCAUGAGCUCCGGUUCACCUUGCCCAACGGAGAUGCGUUGGUGCUGGCUGUGCAAAGCAAAGAGCAGGCCCACAGAUGGCUCAGGGUCGUAAGAGAGGUGAGCGGUCAGAGCGCGGGGCCUGAGGAAUCUGCAUCUCCCAUCAUUCCAAGAAAAACUGAACUUGACAAGAGGUUGUCUGCAGAGAGGAACACUUCGGAUUCAGACAGUGUGGGAGUGUCGACUGCGGAGAACAGCAGAGAGAACGGCAAGGUAAAACGUGGGGCUUUCGCUGCAGGCCGUAAAAUCACCCGGAUCAUCAGCUUCUCUAAGAAGAAGCCACCUCGGCCAGGUGAUCCCCGCGUAUCCUACAGCGACCCUCGACAAGGCUACCUGUCGCUGCUGGUUAAUCAAGUGUGGCGGGAGCAGUGGUGUUGUGUGUGCAGAGGCUCCCUGCAUGUCUACCAUGACAAAGGAGACCCACGGACCUGUUUUCCCUCACUUCCCCUCCACGGCUGCGAGGUGGUGCCGGGGCUUGGACCCAAACAUCCCUUUGCCUUCCGAAUCCUACGGAACAGCAUGGAGGUGGCUGCUCUGGAGGCCAGCAGCUCUGAGGAACUUGGAAGAUGGCUCGGUGUCCUCUUGGCUGAGACAGGCUCCGCGACGGAUCCAGAGUCACUGCAUUACGACUAUGUUGACGUGGAAACCAUCGCUAACAUCCGCGACGCUGCGCGGCAUUCCUUCCUGUGGGCCACAUCCUCCAGCAGUACCUCCACGGACUCCAGGACAUAUGAUGAGGUCCCAAAUGAGGACAUGCAGUCAGGGGAGAACCGCAGGCAGCAGUCUGGGAAUCAGGGGAAGCGGCGCUCAAGUUUCUCCAGCAGCGACUCUGACAGAACCAAGCCUGCCGUCUCCCUCAAACGAACAGGCUCAAACGCCAACCAAUAUGGAAGGUAUGGGAAAACGCGAGCUGAGGAGGAUGCCAAGCGUUACCAGAAAGAGAAAGAGGAGCUGGAAAGAGAGAGGGAUGGGAUACGAAAUGCACUUGUGACCCUUCGACAGGAGAAGAGAGAGCUGAAGGAGGAGCUGAAGACAGCCUCUGAGAGGAGGAAGUCCUCCCUCAGCAAGCGUGUGUCCGAGCUGGAAGAAGCCUGUCGAGCUAAAGAGGCGGAGAGGGUGGACCUGGAGCUGCGGCUGACUCAGGUCCAAGAGAACCUCAAGAAGAGCCUGGCUGGCGGAUCGCUGGGUGCGCCUGUUGAGGCUAAACCACCCGUUAAGGCCUCCAGUAAAAAGACGCAGAAUAUCUACAGCGAGUCCCUGCCAGUAAACUGUGCUCUAGAGAUGCGUCGGAGACCUCCAUCUGUUUACGCGUCUUCUUCAGGAACCGUCAUGCAGAAGGCAAAGGAAUGGGAGUCAAAGAAAGGAACCUAAGAGAAGAAUCAUGGAAAUGACUGGAGAAAGAAUGAAUGAAUGUCGAUAUCGGGACUAUUGUGACAUCCAAUCCUACUUAGGAAAAACCUCUCCAUCUAUGUCCUGAAGCACAGACUUGAGGAAAUAAACUGUAAUGAAAGAAAUUAGCCACUAGGUGGAGGUACAGCUCACUGAAUAUUUACUCUUUUGUCUUCCUGAGCAGAAAACUCCAAAUGUGAGGAAUCCAAAGACUGCUCACUGCCCUGUAUCCAAGUAUUUUUCAUUGUCUUUGGUGGUUCACAUGUGGCGAAAAAAAAAAAAUAGAAGAGAGAGAGAGAGGAAGAAGAAGGACAUAAGAAAAGUGAGUGCUGAGUUGCAGCGUUGUGACUAAGGCGACACAGGAUUGUGUUUUCCUCCUGUGUUGCACAUAGUGAAAUUGUUAAUGUGAGAAAAGUGAUGGAAAAUAAGAGAUUGGAGGCAGAUUAAGCCACGUUGUGCCUUUUAUAUAAUAUAAUGUUGUGUUUUUUUCCCCUGUGUGUACAGAGUGAGCCAUGACUACUGUUUCCGUAUGUUUUAUACUUUUAUACUUCAUUUCUCGUCAUCACCUUCACGCUUGCCUAUCAGAGUUAUUCAGCCGGGUGCCGCGGAGGGCUGAGUGUAUCAUCAUCUUUUUGGCUGCACUCAUUAGCUUCUCCUGCUUCAGGGUGAAGCCGUGCUACUCAGUAAACACCACCUGCUGAAUAAUCUGUUUGGAACCAAAUCCCACUCCCACUUGAGCCUCUUUGGCAGAGAUUCAACAACAGUUAAAUACUCCUGAUAGGGAUAAUUGAGUGACUAACAAAGUGAUAUAAUCUUUCCCGAGUGGGAAAAUCUCCACUGUGUCAUCGUAACAAGUUCUUCAGCUGUCUCGUGGUUGACUUUUGCACUUUACUGUUCACCUACCUGGAUAAGGGAAUAAUAAAUGUGUGUCUUAUUCUCAAACA